AUGGGACAACCCGGUCGGGGAGACCGGGGUGCCGACAGCAGUGCCGGCAGCAGCCGGUGCCUGGAGCAGCUGAUCUCGCCUGUGGCCUUCCCAGCCACCAGCAGCGUGGACCCGUGUGCGAAAGAGACUGUGCUGAACGCCAUCAAGGAGAGCAGGAAGAGGGCUAUGGAGGAGGAGGAGGAGGAGGACCAGGCUUUUGGAAACGAUCAGGAGAGCAAGAGAAGGCGCCACGAUAGCAGUGGAAGUGGGCAGUCGGCGUUUGAGCCGCUGGUUGCCAACGGUGCCCCCGCCUCUCUCAUACCCAAGCCUGGCUCUCUGAAGAGAGGCCUUGUCUCGCACUGCCCGGAUGACUGCUCAAAUAAGAGGUCACGCACCUCUUCCAUGAGCUCCCUCAACAAUACAUACGCUGGUGGGAUCCCCAGCUCCAUCCGCAACGCCAUUGCCAGCUCCUACAGCUCCAGCCGGGGCCUCUCACAGCUGUGGAAGAGAAGUGGUGUGAGUGUGUCCCCGCUGUCUAGCCCAGCAUCCUCCCGCUCCCAGACGCCAGAGUGGCCUCUCAAGAGAGCCAGGGAAGAGGAGUUGCAUCACUCCAACGCUUCCACUCCAGUGAAAUUGGACAAGGAGCUGCAGACAGAGAAAGCGGUGGAGACGCCGGUGCGGAAAAAGCAAAAUUCCCUGAGCCCGCCGUCCGCAUCUGGGAGCAGUGCGAAGCGCAAGCGGAAGAUCCAGUUGCUGUCAUCUCGCCAGGGGGACCAGCUGGCGCUGCCCCCACCGCCUCAGCUGGGCUACUCCAUCACAUCAGAGGACCUGGACGCAGAGAAGAAGGCAGCGUUGCAGUGGUUCAACAAAGUCUUGGAGGAUAAGGCUGAUGCGGUCCCCAGCACCACUGCAGAGACUACGCCUGUGUCCAGGCCACUGACGUUCACCGUGACCUCCCCGGGGCCUGCUCCUGCCUUGACAGCUCCUGCCCCAGCCAGCACCAACUUGCUCCUGGACAGCCUGAAGAAGAUGCAGAGCAGCCAGGCUGCACCCACACCAGCAGACUCCACUGGAGCUACGGUAGCGUCCCAGCCGCCUUCAUCAGCCGCACAAUCACCGGCUCCUGCUGUAUCGCUGGAGUCGAGUUCUCUGCCUGCCACCUCUGCUGACACCAAGCCCAUGCCCGUGUUGAGCACGCCUGCCUCUGCUGCCCCCCCUGCCGUGGGGGUGCAGGCCCCCAACAGCCUGGCAUCUCCUGUGUUCACGGAGCUGGGCCAGACCCCCAGCAAGCCUCCCUCCUUCCCGAAGCCAAACAUCCUCUUCGGGAUGCUGAACACACCUCCAGUCAGCCAACCUGCAACGACCACAACCACUGCUGUGCCCGCCAUGACCGCUGCUGUGCCCACCACGACCCCGGUCUUCAAACCCAUCUUUGGCACUUUGCCAAAAAGCGAGAGCACGACACCCUCCACGGCUGUCAUCUCCUCCACAGUCACUGUGUCUGCGAGCUCAGGCCCUUCCUCAACAUCCUCCACCACCACCAUGUUCAAGCCUAUCUUCGGCAGCGUCACCACAGCUUCAUCUCCAGUGAAGGCCUCUCCUUUCACCUUCAAACCAACAUCACAGCCAGCCUCGGCUGCAGAUCUGCCAGCAGCCUCCACGACUACCCUGGCAGGAUUCACAGGUCUCCCUAAUGUCAUCUUCACCACUGCAGCUACGACUGCCACCACGCAGAGUUCUUCCACAGAUGCCACUGUUAAACCCGUCUUCAGCUUUGGACUCAACCCGCCCACCUCCACCGGCCCUGCUGCCAGCCUGACCGUCACUGCUGCCACCUCCACCAGCACGUCGCAGCCCUUCCUGUUCGGGGGCCCGGCCAGCUCAGCUCCCAGCACAGAGACCAGCUUUGCCACCCCGGGGCCAGUGUUCCAGUUUGGAAAGCCACCUCCAGCUGCAGUCACUGCCACCACCAGUGCCCCAGGAGGCCCGGCCUUUGGCCAAGCACCUUCAAACUCAACGGCUCCUACCACCACUGUGGGCUUUAGCAUAUUUGGGGGCACCACGCUGACCUCUUCUACCCCAGCCACCACAGGUCAAGCAACGUUGACGUUUGGCUCCUCGGUUGCAGCGUUUGGCAGUCCUUUCAGCACAAGCACGAAGCCGCCACCGCCGUAUCCUGGUGCAGUGAGUCAGCCCGCUUUCAGCGCCGGUGCUGCGGAGAGCCAGCCGCCCGCUAGCAAGCCUGCUGCCGGCCCCAUCAGCUUUGGUCCUCCGUUCAGUUUUGGAGCCCCUGCAGCCCAGCCUGCAGCUCAGCCGGCAUUCGGCAGCGGUGCUCAGCCAGCCUUUGGCACAACCAGCGCCCAGAGUUCCUUUGGCACCGGCAGCACCCAGGCAGCGUUUGGGAGCACCACCUCGGUCUUUUCUUUUGGGACAGCCACCUCCACCACUGCCAGCUUCGGUUCCACCACCCAGACCACAAGCAGCAGCACCAGCAGCACCAUUUUCGGCACCACCCCUUCUCCUUUCACUUUUGGGGCGACCGCCCAGCCGGGCCCCUCCUCCAGCGCCUUUGGGAUCAGCACGCCUGCCCUGAGCACUGGCUCUCCCGCGGUGGGAUUCAGCUUCGGGGCUGGGCAGAGGGGGGCAGCCCCGGUGAGCGCACUGGGUGCGCAGAAUCAGAGCACGCCUUUCGCCUUCAACGUGCCCAGCACGCCCAACAACAAGCCUGUGUUCGGAGGAACUCCUGCGCCCACCUUCGGGCAAAGCACACCUGUCCCGGGAGCAGUGGGGAGCGGAAGCAGCAGCCUUUCCUUCGGGACACCCAGCACUCCUGCCUCGAGCUUCGGAGGAGUCGGCACUUCCUUCGGUUCCUCCACCCCCACCUUUUCCAUCGGGGCAGGAUCCAAGAUGGGUGCUCGCCAGCGGCUGCAGGCACGGAGACAGCAUAUCCGCAAAAAGUAA